AUGCCUCUGGGAGACCUGAGCCCCCUCCCCUCAGCCACGCUGACACCCUUGCUCAGGGAGCGGCUGUUGCUGAAGUCCUCCUGUCCUCCUCCCUACCAGGAGUGCAGCCAGGUGCGAGAGCUCUCCAUCUGCCUCUUCAAAGACAUAAUACAGAUGGCAGAUUGGAAGGACCAGCGGCAGAUGCUGAAGAAGGUGCGGAGGAGCCUGGUUCCACUCAUGUUGCACACACUUGGUGACGAGACCGAGAACGUGGCCAAGGCCUCUUAUGAAACCCUGUGUGUAGCUGCAAAGCUGCUCAAAUGGAAACGGCUCAGUCACCGUGUGCAGCCACUGGAGAGAUGGAGACCUGGGGAGUGCUUGUUGGAGCACGACGGGAGCAGGGCUGAAGAAUAUGUGUAUCAGAGCCUGCCAUACCUGCAGCAUGCUCAGGUCGCGGUGCGAAUGGCAGCCGUGAGGUUCAUCGGGCUGGCCGCGCCGCACCUGAAGGGCAGCAGCGUGAAGGUGCUGCAGGAGAUCUACGAUGCCCUCUACUAUGCAAGCAAAGACGACGAAACCCAGGUCUCAUCCCUGGCAGCUCAGACCAUGACCAUCCUGACCUCUGCGUGGGUGCCGCCAAGACGGGGAUGGAUCCUGCGGGCGCUGUGCUGCUCGCUCUGAAAAGCCAGGCAGCAGUGAAGCCCUGCUUAAGAAAAUGGAUCUUUCUGAUUAAAGCUCUCACCACAA